GUAUCUAAAAAAACUUUGCCUAAUCCAAGGUCAUCCUACUUUUUCUUCUGAGUCUUAUAGUUUUAGUCCUUAUAUCUAGGUUUAUGAUCCAUUUUGAAUUAAUUUUUUUUUUUUUUUUUUUUGAGAUGGAGUCUUGCCCUGUCGCCCAGGCUGGAGUGCAGUGGCACGAUCUCGGCUCACUGCAAGCUCCGCCUCCCAGGUUCACGCCAUUCUCCUGCCUCAGCCUCCAGAGUAGCUGGGACUACAGGCGCCUGCCACCACACCCGGCUAAUUUUUUGUAUUUUUAGCAGAGAUGGGGUUUCACCAUGUUAGCCAGGAUGGUCUCGAUCUCCUGACCUCAGCUCCGCCCGCCUCAGCCUACCUUAGUGCUGGGAUUACAGGCAUAAGCCACCGUGCCUGGCCUUGAAUUAAUUUUUGUAAAUGAUGUCCAACUUCAUUCUCUUCCUUGUGGACAGCCAAUUGUCCCACAUCAUUUGUUGAAAAGACUAUUCUUUCCCUUGUUGAACUGUCUUGGCACCCUUGUUGAAAACUAAUUGACAACAUUUUUUCAAAGAUAAUACCUAGUUUAGGCAAGAGUGAGGGGAAGUCUUGUACACUGCUAACGGGAGUAUAAAGUAGUAGCCUUUGAAGGGCAAUUUGACUAUGUAAUAUACCAGUUUGAAAUGUGUACACUCUGAUUCAGGAACUGCACUUCUAAGAAUUUAUUCCAAGGAGCAAAAUGUAUUCAACGAUGUUAUGUAUAAUAGUAAAUAACUGGAAGUAAUCUAAAUGUCUAUCAGUAGGAGACCAGGUGAGUAAAUUAUUCUCCAGUCCGUACAAUAAAAUACGAUGCAGCCUUUAAAAAUGAAGUAGAUCCAGCUUACUGACUGAGCAAUCUCUGUGACCCAUUGCUUAGUGAAAAUGAAAAAUGUAUUAUAGAGUAUCAUUUAUAGAAUUCCAUUUAUAUAAAAUUAUAUAUAUGCAUCUUCAUUGAUAGAGUAAUAGCUUGGAAAAUAUUCACAAAAAUGUUAACAGUAGUCCCUCUAAGUAAUGGGAUUUUGGCUGGCUUUUAUUUUCUUAUUUAUACUUUUUUGCAUUGCAUAAAUUUGCUACAUGAAUGUGUAUUGUCCUUCUGCCCAGAAAAAGAAAACAAAUUUUCAUUUUUGUAGAAGAAUAUCUUCAAGGAAUAUAUAUUGUAGAAGAUUAUUCAAUGACAUGGAAAUAUGUCUAUAAUAUAUUGUUAACUAAAAAGCAGGUUAUACUAUCCCACUUUUGAAAAAUAUGUUUAACUGUGAUAUUUCCUAGGUAUUAUACUUUUUUCACUUCUAUAUGUGAAAUAUCUCUUAAAAUUGACAUGAAUAUUUGAUGUUGUGGGUUCCCCCUCCCUCCCUCCUGAAAAGGUCUUACUAAUGAGAUGAUGCUUCUCACUAUCUGAGACUUGAGAAAAUGCCAUAUGUGUGUAGAGAAAAGACUGGAGGAAUAGACAACAAAACAUGAACAGUGCUUGGCCCUUUAAAAAAGCCUUGGAUGGAAAUUCUUAUUUUCUUCUCUGUAAGUAUAGUUUCCAAGUUUUCUAUAGUACAUGCAUAAAUAAACAUAAAAAGAAGCCAGGGGCCUAGAUGCCCUUAUUUUCAAGGAUAAGGAUAUUUGCUACUUGCAGCCUUUAUCAAAAUAAGAGACUAGCAAAUUUAGGACCACGCAAGCCACCUCAGUAGUGCCAGGGUCUAGAGUGAAAGAGGACUAAAGCACAGGCCCACAGAGGGGUGCCUGGUUGGACAGGAGCAGGUAAGGCAAGCUGGGGAACAGAUGGCAGAAUUCAGUCAGCAGGAGCUGGACUCUUGGAUCAGUCUCAGUUCCAUGUGGACAAGGAAAUCCCUGUGAGGUAUGAGAGGGUCCAGACGGCAGGAUGCUGGCUAAUUAUGGAGAAGGGCACUUUGAUAUUUUCCAGUGUAGCUCAGGAGCAUGUUCCAAGUUCCUCAAGAGAGACCAAGGACUGUGUGAAGCAGAAAAUGAGCCUCACUAUUUGAGAUUUAAAAACAUAUUUCCCCCUUAGCCAAAGGGGUAGCACAUGGAGCAGAGAUGGAAACAGCAGAAUGUUCCUAGCCUUGGAAGAGGCUUGCAGACUCUGGGAUGCUGCUUGGGUAAGGAAGGGACUCAGGCUUGCAGUGACUGCGGCUGGGGUGCAGAGAAAAGUGAAAGGCACUCAGCUUCUCUAAUGUAAUUAUGUCCAACCCUCAAAAGUUCUGAGAUGAGCAGCCUGAGGCCCAGAGAGGCUAUAUGUUUUGCCCUAGAGCACACAGCCAGUAAGUGGUAGAGUGGGAUUCUCGUCUCACUGAAGUCCUUCUAAAAGGGAAAACCACUGAAGAAAGUUAUAUUAAUACAGAUUUAUCAUAAUGAUAGGUGGAAAAAGCAAGUUUCUAAAAAAAAUCUUCAAUCUGAUCCCAACACUGAAAAACAAUAUGUAUAGUAUAGAAAAAAAUUGCAAGGAUAUACAACUUAAUGGUGGUUAUAUCUCAAUGGCAGGAACUUUUAAAUUUAUUUUCUAUUUUUUAAUUUUCUUUGCACAGUGAGCAAGUAAACCUUUUUAAAACAGGAAAAAAGUUUUUUUUUUUCAGAAGCAGUUGUGAGGACUAGUCGAUCAAAGUAAUGAGAAUGAAUUACAGUGAGCCCUUAAUGACAAGAGAAAUCUAGCUUCUUAGUAGUUAUAUGAAUUUCAGCAAACCUACUUGGCUUUGCUGAGUCUGUUUCCUAAAUACUAAAAAAGGUGGAUUAUCAUCCUGCCCGGGGAGCUGUUGCUAGGAUUAACUGAGAAGCAGUGUACACAAAAGUCCCAUGCACAGCACUUGGCAUAAGGAUGGUGCUUAAUAAAUAUUAGACCUGACUCUUGGUAGUCAUAGCUCUUCCUUGCUGCACCAGGAAGGCAUAGCACCUCUAGCUGGUUCAGAUAGCAGAAAGGAACCUGGGCAGGGGCCCGUUACUGGGCCUAGAGCUUCCUGUACACCUGACACAUUCCCCUCCUCUGUUUUUACCAUGUGAAGACUAACAGGAUCUCCUCCCUUAACCCAUUUUCACCUAUUUGCCUCUCCCUCUCCCCUUGUCUCAAUAAUCUCAGCUGCCUAGAUAGUAUUUUUUAGUACAUGUGACACUAUUUUCAACAUAACAUACAUUUGCAAAGCAUCUGCUAUGUUCUAAAGAUGGACCCAAGGUCCUCCUCUCCAUUCCUAUCAUCCAGAAAUACUUGUCUGAGUUCUAAUUGAGAAGUUAGAUCCUUCAAUAACUACCAUUUGUUGCCGAACUGCAAUAAUAGAGGUACACACACUAAGUUGUGGAAACUCCGGGCUGGGGAAGAGAUAUGUUCUUACCAGUGUAUGCACAUGAGUGUAGAAGAGGACGGGAAGAAUGGAAGUAUUUAAAGAGUAAUCAUUUCCUCACUCUAUAUUAUAUAUCAGCUUCAUAUACUGUCGUUACUAAAAUGUGCCCAUUCUGUUAAGCUGGUUUCAGAGCUAGUUAAAUCAAUGACCUAGUAGGGCCGUUUCCUCUCAUCUUCAGAUUUAUUAAAGUCUGUCCACAGCCACAAAGUUUGUGGGGAAGGCUCAAGUCAUCUGAUGACAAGUAACAUGCUGUUGCUGAGGCAGGGGGGUGGGGCACAGGUCCAAGGAGUUACAAACUGGCUCGGAGUGUUCUGCUCAGACAUUUUAGAGCUUUUUGGAAUACAUAGCCAUUCUGAUUAACAGGCAGUUUUAAGGCUCAAGGGGUGCCAAAACCUGGCAUUAUUUGAUAUUUUUAUUACUUACUGGUCAAACGUUAACAUCAAUGGAAGUAAAAAGAAGUUCAUUCUUAGUUUGGUCUAACGAACUGUUUUUACAUUUCCUUAUUCCCUUUCAGCCUUUGUUGAAAUCCAUAAAUCCAUGGACAUGAUAAUACUUGCAGAUUAGAUAUAAUUGAAUAUUCUACAUCUUUCUCACACACAGAUGCAUACAGAGAAUGAUGUUAAGUGCAGCAAUAUUCAAAACCCAGGCGCUGUGACAACAGCCCCUUCAGGCCUGUAGACUGACAGUCCCGUAGAAGAUGUUGGCAGGGCAAUGAGACACACCCUGCUCUGCCUGUGUUAUUUACGCCUCUGGCAGUGAAGCCCCUGACAAAGAAGCAUGUCACUGGAACACAUGCUCUUUGUUCACAGAGGUGCAUGCCAGCACCGGCUGCGUAAGAACGGACAGUGCCGUGUCUGUAGUCUCUCCUCCUUUGGCUCUUUUGCCUUCUAUUUGCAGCACAUUGUGGCUAUGUUUAUUAAUUACUUUGUGGCUUAAUACUAUAAAACACACAUCUAUCCUGUGAGCUAUGUACCCUAGGGAAAGAGUCCUUCAUACCCUCCAGUUGGCCAUAAAGAGAGGACAGAGUCUCAAGAUUUGCCCUGAUGCUAAGGAUUAAUACCACCUCCUCCGGGAGCCAUCAGGUUACCACUCUCUAGCACAGAGCUACCACGUUUAAGACUCCUUCAGCACCAUCCCCCCUUUUCCUGCACGAGGACACUUGCAUGCUGUUUGGUAUUAAAAGCCCUCUGCAACUGUUCCCAACCUACAGCACCAAAGUAGCCCCCCACCAUGCUAUGACUCCACUCUAGCCAGACUGAUGAUGUAGCAGAAGAUGGUGGGCUGUGGAGUCAGACCUAUCUGGGUCUAAAUCCUAGCUCUGCUUCUUGCUGGACGUGCAGCUUAAGAUUCCUGAGCUCCUCAUCUGUAAAAUGAUUAAAUUAUCACCUACUUCAGAAAGUUGUCUGAGAAUUAGAGAAAUAUCAAGCCCCUUAAAGCAGAUCCUCAAUAAUAGCUUGUUGGCUCAUGAAACCGAUUUUUUGUUUUGUUUUGUUUGGUAAAAGCCCUCAUUGCAUAGCCCUGUGGUUCUCAUAACCUUAGUUACAGACCUUUUGUAACCCUGAGAACAUCUGUCUCCAUUUUCCCUUGUCAUAAAGACGUCUGCUGAGACUACAAAAGGAGUCAGGGAACUACUACUAGAAAGUUUUUCUUUUCCCAUAUUCUUUCUAAAACUUUCAUCUUCAAAUGUUAACUCAGUAUUUUAAAAGCUGAUAUAUAAUUGGUUUACAGCUAAGUUUGGGUUGUUUGCCACUAAAACUUAGGUAAAAUAGGAAAGGGGGCACUUUCUUAACUUCCAUAAAACUUUGUUAAUACAUAGAAUUUCAAGUUUUUCUUUAACAAAUUGUUCUUAGUUUUUGGUGCUUCUUGUCAGUACGAUCUUCUUAGAUUGUAUUUGAUUUGACACAUUAUGUAUUCACUUAUUGUACGCUGAAUAUAACGUCAUUCCCCGGUGUUCUGCAAAGCACAACACUCAUCCCGAUCUGGUGCUCUAACCCCUGGGACCCUUUGGGCCAGACCAUGACAAAGGCUGCCUGCCAGGUUUCAGCGAAACUUAGACCACCAAGAAUUUACACACCUCACAGGGGUGCCCUAAGGAAUAAAUGAGAUUAAAAAAAAAAGUCUGCGGGGAAACCCUGAGGCCCUAUUAGAAAUGCUAAUCGUUUCCUUCUCUAGCUCCUAUUAAAAUGUUAGAAAACCGAGGGAGACUCUCCUGAACAGGGUGGGGAUGCUCGGCUGCUCUGUGGCUUAGCAAGCGACCCCAGCUGCCCUGCUAGGGCCGGCCGGCCGCGAUUCCGUCCCGACGGGGGGGAUCCUCGGCGGCACUACGGACGCCACUCUGCCAAGGAGGCAGCGGGGUUCGGCCUGUUGGCCCCAGACUGUGUGGCAGGCAAAAGGUGAACGUCAAAGCUUGUCCCCGGCUUCUUCACAUCUCGCGCCUCCGCGGGCGUCCGGCUGCCCCCGUGAGCCUCCCCGGAUGGACUGGGUUUUAGGGACCCCCGAAGCCGGACUGCAAAGCUUCCCACCAGCCCUUCCCGCGAACCUUCCAGCCCGGGCUGCAAGCCCAGCUCCGGGCGCGACGAGGUGGGGCCGGGGGGAGGAGGAGUCUCAGCGCGGCGGGGGUCGGGGGGCGGGGAAACCCCCCCACCCACGAGAAAGGUCUUACAUCAGCCGCCCCACGUGCAAUCGGAGAGAGGGAGGAAGUCGCUCCUCUAUUCGGGCUGCGCCUUUCCCCAGCCUCCGCCCCGCCCGCCGCGAGUCUCCCCGCCCCGCCUUGGUGCAGCCGCGGCCGCCGAGCCGAGCAGCGCCGCGCGGGGCCGAGUGGAGCCGAGCAGCUGCCGCGCCGCGUCGCCGGUUUAAGCGCAGUGCAGGCCGCGGCCGGGGGCGGCGGUAGUGAGCCCAGCGCUGCGCUCCAGCCCCCUUUUCCCUCCAUGGUUUCUCUCCGCUCCCGUGAGUAACUUGGCUCCGGGGGCUCCGCUCGCCUGCCCGCACGCCGCCCACCACCCAGGACCGCGCCGCCGGCCUCCGCCGCUAGCAAACCCUUCCGACGGCCCUCGCUGCGCAGGCCGGGACGCCUCUCCCCCCUCCGCCCCCGCCGCGGAAAGUUAAGUUUGAAGAGGGGGGAAGAGGGGAACAUGGACAUGAAGAGGAGGAUCCACCUGGAGCUGAGGAACCGGACCCCGGCAGCUGUUCGAGAACUUGUCUUGGACAAUUGCAAAUCAAAUGAUGGAAAAAUUGAGGGCUUAACAGCUGAAUUUGUGAACUUAGAGUUCCUCAGUUUAAUAAAUGUAGGCUUGAUCUCAGUUUCAAAUCUCCCCAAGCUGCCUAAAUUGAAAAAGCUUGAACUCAGUGAAAAUAGAAUCUUUGGAGGUCUGGACAUGUUAGCUGAAAAACUUCCAAAUCUCACACAUCUAAACUUAAGUGGAAAUAAACUGAAAGAUAUCAGCACCUUGGAACCUUUGAAAAAGUUAGAAUGUCUGAAAAGCCUGGACCUCUUUAACUGUGAGGUUACCAACCUGAAUGACUACCGAGAGAGUGUCUUCAAGCUCCUGCCCCAGCUUACCUACUUGGAUGGCUAUGACCGAGAGGACCAGGAAGCACCUGACUCAGAUGCCGAGGUGGAUGGUGUGGAUGAAGAGGAGGAGGACGAAGAAGGAGAAGAUGAGGAAGACGAGGAGGAUGAGGAUGGUGAAGAAGAGGAGUUUGAUGAAGAAGAUGAUGAAGAUGAAGAUGUAGAAGGGGAUGAGGACGACGAUGAAGUCAGUGAGGAGGAAGAAGAAUUUGGACUUGAAGAAGAUGAAGAUGAGGAUGAGGAUGAAGAGGAGGAAGAAGGUGGGAAAGGUGAAAAGAGGAAGAGAGAAACAGAUGAUGAAGGAGAAGAUGAUUAAGACCCCAGAUGACCUGCAGAAACAGAACUGUUCAGUAUUGGUUGGACUGCUCAUGGAUUUUGUAGCUGUUUAAAAAAAAAAAAAAAAGGUAGCUGUGAUACAAACCCCAGGACACCCACCCACCCAAAGAGCCAAAGAAUAGUUCCUGUGACAUUCCGCCUUCCUUCCAUGUAGUCCCUCUUGGUAAUCUACCACCAAGCUUGUGGACUUCACCCCAACAAAAUUGUAAGCGUUGUUAGGUUUUUGUGUAAGACUCUUGCUGUAGCGUGGAUAGCUGUGAUUGGUGAGUCAACCGUCUGUGGCUACCAGUUACACCGAGAUUGUAACAGCAUUUUUACUUUCUGUACAACAAAAAAGCUUUGUAAAUAAAAUCUUAACAUUU